AUGCUCCUCGCAGCGCCCACGCGGCUGAACUUCAUCGUCGUCGGACUCGUCAUUACCACCUUUAUCCUCUUCUAUAGUUCCUUUCGUUCCCCUCGCCCCGAAGAGCAAGAUGUCCUCGAUUUUUCAGACGCGGACGCAGACACAGCCCGCACCAUCCUCGAGUCUUCCCCAGAGCAUCCCCCUGCCCGAACCACCCAUGCCACCGAGACCACCCACCAAUUUCUAUCAGACGACAUUACCUCUCGAGUGCAGAACCAGACGUUGGGCUUUCAAGAGAUAUACAUGAUUUCAUUGCCCGACAGGUCGGACAAGCAGGAUGCGUUUGCAAUGCAAGCAGCCUUCUCCGACAUCUCUUAUAAGCAGGUGGACGGAGUGUAUGGCCAUGAUGUUCCUGUGAAGGCGCUACCUCACACUAUGGGCCAAGAGUCCAAUGUCAUUGGAUGUUGGCGCGCACAUGUGAAUGUCUACCAGAGAAUGGUGCACGAAGGGAUCUCGUCAGCGUUGAUCUUUGAAGAUGACGCUGAUUGGGAUGUCUCUCUGAAAGAGCAGCUGGUCCAGUUUGCCCAAGGCUCGAGAUUCAUAACCAAUACUUCCGACGACGCAUUUCCCCAUUCUCCUUACGGACAUGACUGGGACAUAUUGUGGAUCGGACACUGCGGCACCUGGGUCUACCCUGAAGACAGCCGUCGAUUCUUUGUCAUUCCAGAUGACCUUACCGUCCAACCCCCCGAAGCUCGUGUGGACAAUGUCGACCAGCCCGACAUGAGCCACUGGGAAAGCGGUCCUCAUGGCAACAAUCGCACACGGAUAGUUUUCCAUUCGGAAGGGGGUGUCUGUACGGCGGCCUACGCCAUCUCCCAGAAAGGCGCGCGUAAGGCUCUCUAUCAUCUUUCCAUGGUACCAUACAACAGUCCGGUUGACUGGGGCCUGGCUGGCCUUUGUAAGAACAAAGAGUACGACUUUACCUGUGUAUCACCGUGGCCGCAACUCGUUGGGGUUUCUCGACCUACGGCGAACACUGCCAAAUGGAGCGACAUCGGCUAUGGGCCGGACUCGGAGAGAGUGGUUGAGCAAGGCAGAUCCCUACAUCUGGUCUAUCCUGUGCGGCAAAACAUCCUAAACUUUCUUCAUGGAAAGACGAUAUUCAACAGCCUGUACCCCGACAUUGCACCACCGAUGAGUAUCAAGGAAAUCGGAAAGGCGGUCGGGCACACUGAAAUCCUGGAAUUUUCGGUCGGACCUUUUCAGAAGCCACCCGAAGAGGGUUGA